UUUUGAUAAUAUGCUUACGCAUCCAUGGUAUCGUCAAUCCCUUAUUGUCAAAGGGUUAGAUAUGAUGAUUCUUUUUGCCCUAUUUAUCACCGCAGAUCAAAUUAGUAUUUUGCUUCCCGACUUCGUUAAAUAAAUACUCCUACUUCUGUUGUCUGUUAUACUUACUAUGAAACCAUUUGAUUGCCCGCUGUAGAGUUAAGAGAUAUGGAUGGUAAUAGCAGUGAAGGAGCGCCAGCUGUUGUGGCCAACGAAAACGGCAAAAAUAAGAGGAAAUAUGUAUCACAAGACAUUUCAGCCGAAGUACAAAGGCUGUCUCCAGCAGAGUUCGCUAGGCACGAAGUGCUCGAGGAAAUUGAGAAUGCCCUGAAAAUGUUGAAAUCAAAUAUGGAAAGUUCCGAAGAAGAUCAAGAAAACAGCAGUAUCGAGAAGCAUGAAGAUCAACUAGCUGAUUGGGAUGAUCCUAUUGCUUGUCGGUUAGAAGAACUUUUGACGAAGGGUUUGUCUGCGAUUUUCUGCAGUGCGAUGAAGAAACUUGUUGAAAAUGGGCACACUAAAGAAACUGCCGAGUGGGCUGUUUUAAAUUGCAGCUUUUACCAUGGUAGUAAAGAUGUUGUAUCUAACAUUGUAGAGGGUGCUACGGAGUUACUAAAGCUGAAAAAGAAUUUUAUCAAGACCGAAAAAUACGUGUUUGAAGGACUACCGAGCCUCGUGGACUACACAUUACUCGAGAUGGUUCAUGUGCUUUUAGAGAUUAGGCCGGCUUGGAGUAUUGUUGAAGCAAUGUGGUGGCUCUUGGUAAACGAUUUGAACCUCGCAAAUGCCUGUGUAGUACUACGACAGGAGGGUAAAUCCGAAACUUCUGCCACCACCAGCGAAUCUGAUUGCGACACGUUGGAUAAUCUAAAAGCCCCUGCUCAAAGUUCUCAGCCUGAAAGAUCACCUGCACUUGAAGUAGCAAAGGGGAAAUUUUUAAUGCCUCCACCCAAUGUAGUGGCAGCAGACGAGAAAUUGGGGGGCGGUCGAAAAGGGAUGUCGGCUAAUUCUAAGAGAGAUAUGCUUCGACAGAAGGCGAUUCAUUUCGAGAAAAACACGAAAGGACGACUGUCGAAGGGAGCUUUUAAGGCCAAAGUAUCAGUUAAUAAGUCACAACCUGGUUCAUCUUCUUCUUCUUCUUCUUCUUCCAAGUCACAGUCCACUUCAGCUAAUAAAGAUCCUGUUUUUGCUUUACCUGCAAAUACAAAGCCGCCGCCUCCUCCUUAUCCUCCUAAGGAUUAUCCUCAUAAGCCUCGUCCUCCGCAAACUGCGACUACGACUACUAUUACAGAUUACUAUGCUUCAAUGCCAUUUGAUGAAAUUCUGCACAAGUACAUUCCGAAGGACGACAAAGACAAAGUUGUUCUGAAGCUAGUGUCACAUAAGGAAGCCCUCGAGAAAGAGAUCAAAGGAUGGGAUGAUUGGGUGAAGGAGAAGCUUAUGCAGGCUACAACAAGGCUGGCGAAGGACAAAAGCGAGUUGAAAUUACUGAAGCAAGAGAAAGAAGAGCUCGAGAAAUUUAACAAGGAGAUGCAGACUUUGGAGGAGGGUACGGCAAAACGGCUGUCUGAAAUGCAGAAUGCAUUGGACAACACACUUGGACAGAUCGAACUGGCUAACCUUAGUGUUCGACGCCUCGAAGAGGAGAAUUUGGAGUUGAAGAAGAUGAUGGAAGAUGCUAGGUUGAAGGCUUUGGCAUCGGCUAAUGACUUGCUUGAAGCUCGGAGAAGGGAGCAAGAAAUACUCAAGAAACUGCAAUCCUGCGAAACGGAGAAGGGUUUACUCGUUGAGGAACUAACGUGUCUCAAACGUAAAAAUGCUGAGCAGGGCGAGGGCUUAGGAAAGGCCAAAGAAAGACAGAACCAGAUCAAGGUUCUGUUGAAGCAGGGGGAGAAGGAGAAGCUAAAAGCGAGCGCGGAACUUGAUUUCUUGAGGGGGAAAAAUAAAGAGUUGAAUGAUCGGACAGAAAUGCAAGCUGACAGCAUCAACCAAACAGCGGAAAAAAACAAGCAGGCAUUGCAAGCCAAAAUCGAGAAUCACGAGAGUAUGAUAUCGAAAUUGAGGCUGGAAUCCGACAAAUUGAAAAUAGCAGCUCUCAGUGUGGGGUACGGUAAUAGCUUGUCCGAUCAGAAUGCGUCCGCAUUACAGAAAAUCGGCAAGAGAUUGGUUGUUGGAGAUGGAGAUGGGAAUCGGGACCGGGAAUGUGUUUUGUGUAUGAGCGAAGAGAUCUCUGUGCUUUUCUUGCCUUGUAUGCAUCUGACUGUUUGUGUGCAUUGCAAUGAACUCCUUGAAAAGGAUGGGACGAAAGAUUGUCCUUCUUGCAGGGCAAAGAUUGACAAGAGGAUUCCUGUUGGUUUUUUCGAGGGUUAGACUUUUCGGUUAUUGGGAAACCCUUUUCGUUUUUUUUUUUUUCUUCUGAAACAGUUUCAAGUCGAUAAUUGUUGUCUUAUAGUACCAUUAGCACAUUUUUUGUUAUAAAGGAGUUACCGUUGGUACAUUUGAACCAGGAAAAAACAAGGUAGAAAGUAGGACAAGGCUUUAGUAAAGUGGAGUUGGUUUACAAAGUCAUAGGGAUGGAUGUAAAUUUUCAGUCACAUGUUUCUAUCUUACAUAUCUUUUUUCUUCUUCUU